CAAACAAGACAGUCCAAUAAUAGAAAAAUUCCAAACAUUCCAUUCUAUUCUUUCUAGAAAAUGAAUGUAUUUCUUCAUCAGUUUCUUCUCUUUCACAACAAUCACACAACUUCCAUGCCCUCCAUGAUCUGCCUUCUCCUUGGCUUUGUUGUCUCCUCUUUCCUCUUCAUCUUCGUGUCCAAGAAACUACUGUCCAGACACAACAUGUCUGAAGUUUCUAGGCUCCCCUCUGUCCCAGUGGUGCCAGGGCUUCCGUUGAUUGGGAACUUGCUGCAACUAAAAGAGAAGAAACCACACAAGACUUUCACUAGAUGGUCUGAGCUUUAUGGUCCUAUUUACUCUAUCAAGAUGGGCUCUUCCUCUCUUGUUGUUCUCAACUCAACCGAAACAGCCAAAGAGGCGAUGGUAACUAGGUUUCCAUCAAUCUCAACAAGAAAGCUAUCAAACGCCUUAACAGUCCUCACUUGCAACAAGUGUAUGGUUGCUACAAGUGAUUAUGAUGACUUCCAUAAACUAGUGAAACGCUGUAUCUUGAAUGGCCUUUUAGGUGCAAAUGCACAGAAACGAAAGAGACACUACAGAGAUGCUCUAAUUGAAAACGUGACUUCCAAGCUGCAUGCGCACAAAAGAGACCACCCGCAAGAGCCUGUGAACUUCAGAGCUAUAUUCGAACAUGAGCUAUUUGGAGUAGCCUUGAAGCAAGCCUUUGGGAAAGACAUUGAAUCCAUCCACGUAGAUGAACUCGGUGAGACUUUGUCAAGAGAAGAGAUCUUCAAGGUUCUAGUACACGACAUGAUGGAAGGUGCAAUCGAUGUUGAUUGGAGAGACUUCUUCCCAUACUUGAAAUGGAUUCCUAACAAUAGCUUUGAAUCAAGAAUCCAGCAGAAGCACAAACGUAGAGUCGCAGUGAUGAACGCUCUCAUUCAAGAUUGUCUGAAGCAGAAUGAUUCAGAUGAUUGCUAUCUCAACUACUUGAUGUCUGAAGGGAAGACACUAACCAAGGAGCAGAUUGCAAUCUUGGUUUGGGAGACGAUUAUUGAGACAGCUGACACUACUCUGGUCACAACUGAGUGGGCUAUUUACGAACUUGCAAAGCAUCAAAGUGUUCAAGCUCGUCUGUGUGAAGAAAUCAAAAGUGUCUGCGGUGGAGAAAAGAUUAAAGAAGAGCAGUUGCCUCUGCUUCCUUAUGUCAAUGCAAUCUUCCAUGAAACGCUUAGGAAGUACAGUCCUGCUCCUUUAGUUCCCAUUCGCUAUGCUCAUGAAGAUACCGAGAUAGGAGGAUAUUACGUCCCUGCAGGAAGUGAGAUAGCAAUAAACAUAUAUGGAUGCAACAUGGAUAAGAAGCGUUGGGAGAAGCCAGAGGAGUGGUGGCCGGAGAGGUUCUUAGAUGAUAGAUACGAGUUGUCUGAUCUUCAUAAGACGAUGGCGUUUGGAUCGGGGAAGAGGGUUUGUGCUGGUGCACUUCAGGCGUCUCUGAUGGCAGGGAUUGCUAUUGGGAGAUUAGUUCAAGAGUUUGAAUGGAAGCUUAGAGACGGUGAGGAAGAGAAUGUUGAUACCUAUGGUUUGACCUCUCAGAAGCUUUAUCCUCUCAUGGCUAUUAUCAAUCCAAGGCUUUCUUCUUAAGUUAAUACAUCUUUCUUGUUUUUUGGUUAGUCUGAGUUUUGUCUGUUUAAUGUGUUGCACUGUCUGAAUAUUAUGGAAUCCUAUGUUUGGUUCGGUUGUUUGUUAUAUUCAAGUUUUAAACGUUUUCUAGAAUA